UAACUAACCAGGCAACCAUUACAAAAUACUGAAUAGUAAAGUCAACACGAGUCAACCUUAACACUCGCUUACCCUUAAUUCUCGCUUCCCAGUUCCUUCCCCAUUAAUGGAAGGCGGAAGGUAGUAAGUACAGUAAGUAAACCCGCCUUUCUCUCUCCUCCUGUCUAACUCCCUCUCAUGUCUGACACUUCUCCACUUAUCUCUCCACCACCUUCUUCAAACGGCGCCAAGCCUCAGCCGCCAUUACAAAUCCCAUCCGGUCACGCCGCCAUUAAAAUUUUAACCCAUUCUCCCCGUAUCGGCGCCUUCAUAGGUAAAUCUGGAUCAUCUAUUAAAAACCUUCAACAUGAAACCGGGUCGAGAAUUCGGGUCGAAAACCCACUUACCCAGACUGAUUCUGACGCCCGGAUUAUUGUCAUUGUUGCUCCAACUUCUCCCUUUAAGAAGAUCCAACUCCGUAAAAAGAGUUCUAGUGAAGUUGAGUUUGAGGGUGUGAUUGAGAUUGAGGCUUCGGCGGCUGAAGAAACGGCGGUUAGAGUGUUUGAGAAGGUUCUAGAAGUUUCUGGAGAAGGAACGAGUGCGGCGACAGUGUGUAGAGUAUUGGUUGGGGAUAGGGAAGCUGGGAAAGUGAUUGGAAAAGGUGGGAAAACUAUUGAAAAAUUGAGAAGGAAUAAUGGGGCUAAAAUUAGGGUUUUGUCUGGUGAUCAAUUGCCUUCUGGUGUUUCUUCCCCCGAUGAAGUUAUUGAGAUUGAGGGGGAGGCAUCAUCUGUUAAAAAAGCUCUAAUUGGUGUUUGUCGCCACCUGGUAGAAGGCCAACAAACAGAAAAUUCAAGUACCAAAGGGAGCAAACAUUUGGAAUCCACUUCACAGCCAAUGGUAUCUGGCUUUCAUUUUGAACCCCCUCGUUCCCGGACACCACUAUUGGAGGCAACUACCUCUUCUGGUCCUCCUACGAUGGGAAGAUCGUUGUUGAUUGAGGCUGAUAAACUUCCAGCUACAAACACUAAGUUGCAAGAAGUUGUUUUUAAAAUUCUUUGUUCAAAUGCUAGAGUUGGUGGCGUGAUUGGAAGGGGUGGGUCCAUUGUCAAAGCACUUGAAGAAGAGUCUGGGGCUAGUAUAAAUUUUGGGCCAUCUGUUGCUAAUUGUGAUGAGCGGUUGAUCACUAUUUCUGCAAAGGAGGAUGUAAAUUCAAGAUAUUCCCCUGCACAACGAGCGGUUUUUCUAGUUUUUUCUAGGUCUGUUGAGGCUGCUAUAGAGAAGGGUUUGGAAGGCUUAAACAAAGGUUCCUUAGUCUCAGCACGACUUUUAGUCCCAUCAACUCAAGUUGGCUGUUUGUUGGGUAAAGGCGGGGUUAUAAUUUCUGAGAUGAGAAAGGCAACUGGAGCUGGCAUCCAUAUUCGUAAGGGUGACCAGGUGCCAAUUUGUGCUACAAAAGAUGAUGAAAUCGUUCAGAUCUCAGGGCAGCUUGUAAAUACUCAAGAUGCCUUGUAUCGUGUAACUAGCAAGCUUCGAGAUAAUAUUUUUACUAAUAAAGCAAUGAACAAUCAUGGAACGGGGACUGGUAAAUUUGUAUUGAAUACUAGUCUUCAUGGAAGAGCUAGAGAUGGAACACCCAUUGGGUCGCACCAAUUUUCUAAGACAUCUCAGUUUUUGGACGGGAAUGCUACUUCAAGGCACAGUUUUGAUCCUAUGUUGCAUCCCCAUGCAGCACAUUCUCCUUCCACUGCAGUAUUAAAUCCAAGGAGUUUCGUGACUCCUGUCCGAGCUGUAGCUUCUGCUAAUGGCAGAGUAGAACAUGGCAGGAAUCACAGACCAGCAGCUAUAACUAAUACGACGAUGGAUAUUUCAAUUCCGGAAAGUGCUGUUAGUUCUGUUUAUGGCGAGAAUGGAAGAAAUCUAGCUCGUAUACGACAGGUUUAAACAUUAUCAGACUUUGAGAAAGAUCAGUACUGAGGGGGUGUUUGGUAUAUGAAGUGCAAUGGAAGGGGAAUAGGAACAUGAAAGAUAGAAAAAUGGAAACAAUAAGCUUUACUUUUAAUACUUGUUUGGUUUAUGUAAUUCCAAUGGAAUUAAUUACUUUCUUAAUUGAAGACAAUGAGGAGGAAAAGUACAACACUCACUGCUCAACUUUUGAAUUUCAUCGCUUCUUCUUUCCAAUUAAUUUUCUUUGUCCUCUCACCAUUUCUAGAGUUUUCCUUCAUAUUCUCUCAUAAAAUUCUAUAAUCUCAAAAAUUUGUUCAUCCAACCAAACUGAAAUAUUGCACCAAAAUUUAUUUAACAAGAAUUUCUACACCUUCCAUUUUAUCCAUUCUCAUCAACAAGAUCUAUGCAAGAGGUUGAAUUAUUGGUCUGACAUUGUUUAGGUUUAUUGGGGCUUCAAUUUUUUGAAUUUUUGGUUGUAAAUUACUAUAGCGUUUCACGAACUGAUUUAGUGGAUGGUUGAUUGUGGUAGUUGAUUAGUGGUUCUUGUUGUAGUUUUGAGAACAAUGAGAUGUAUGUCUUGUGGUGGUUGUUCUGACAUGAGUUUGAUGACCAA